UGGUGAAGGAGUGGCUCUGGUGGUUCGACUUGACAUCACCUCACCCGGCGUGAAAGACGGCGGCUAAGCUAGAUGGUACUCCGAAUCGGCAGCUAGCGUGAAGGAUUUGCACCUCCAGAGGAAGAGCUACCUAGCCAAACUGUACCGCCAUGGCUCUUUACGAAUAUGUCACAAAGGAGCAGCUGGCGGGGUUCGACAGAUAUAAGUACAGCGCCGUGGACACGAAUCCCCUGUCCGUCUACGUUAUGCAUCCUUUCUGGAACUUUUUAGUGAAGUUUUUACCAACAUGGCUGGCUCCAAACCUCAUCACAUUCACUGGUUUCAUGUUCCUCGUGCUGAACUUCCUCAUGUUGGCCUUCUACGACUUCGACUUCACUGCCUCUUCUGCAGGAAACCAGCAUGUGCCUAGCUGGGUGUGGGUGGCUGCUGGGAUCUUCAACUUCUUAGCCUACACUCUCGACGGCGUCGACGGGAAACAGGCUCGCCGCACCAACUCCUCGACGCCACUGGGGGAGCUGUUCGACCACGGCCUGGACAGCUGGGCGUGCAUCUUCUUCGUGUCCACCGUGUACUCCAUAUUCGGGCGCGGGGAGAGCGGCGUGGGCGUGGUCACGCUCUACUUCAUCCUGUGGGUGGUGCUGUUCUCCUUCAUCCUGUCCCACUGGGAGAAAUACAACACGGGCAUCUUGUUUUUGCCCUGGGGCUAUGACGUCAGCCAAGUGACAAUCUCCCUUGUUUACUUGGUGACUGCUGUGGUGGGAGUGGAGACCUGGUACCAGCCAGUGAUCUUUAACCUUCUCUACAGGGACCUCUUCACCUUCAUGAUCAUAGGCUGCUCGUUUACUGUGACAUUACCCAUGAGCCUCUACAACGUCUUGAAGGCUUACAGGAGCAACACUCUGAAGCACAGCAGCCUGUACGAAGCCUUCCUGCCUUUCCUGUCCCCCGUCCUCCUCUUCGUCUUGUCCACCGCCUGGGUCAUCUUCUCCCCGUCCAAGAUCCUGGACCUGCAGCCCAGGAUGUACUGCCUCAUGGUGGGGACGGCGUUCGCCAAUGUCACAUGUAAGCUGAUCGUGUGUCAGAUGAGCAACACGCGCUGCGAGCCGCUGACCUGGCUGCUGCUGCCGAUGACGGUGGUGGUGGGCGGAGCCGUCACGGGGGUCUUCACCAACGAGACGCUGCUGCUUUACUUAUGGACGGCGGUGGUCAUCCUCACACACAUACACUACGGCGUAUCAGUGGUGAAGCAGCUCAGCGACCAUUUUAGCAUCUUUGCCUUCUCGCUGAAGAAGCCCAGCCGGGACUGACAGGAGGAGGAACGAAUCGGCCUGACGGCGGCAGAGGUCUAAGCUGCUCCUCUGUUCCACCUAACGACACUUCACCCUCACCGCGGAAACAGAGCCCCUCCCCCCUCCACAAAAAGGACGCUGCAAGUGAAAUGGACAGUGGCCCUUCUCUAACACACACACACAUGCAAACACACGACAAACACAUUCACACUCGAACACACAUUCCCAAAGCGAACCGAUCAGAGUCUGGUCACGGCGACGGGGUUGGGCCCUGGGGCCUCUGGCUUUUGUCACUGGUGAUUGGCCGUCUUUGUCGAGCCAAUGAGGUGCUAUUGUUUCCUACGGAAAUGCGCUUCCGUCAGGUCGGACGGGAGCCCGCAGAAGCCACGAGACUUUACCGGGGGGCCCCCCGUCAUUAUCCGGAGCAUUCAGGAUCUCUUCAUCCAAACCUCAAUAAUUAAACUGAAGCUAGUUUUCCGAGUCAAGACCUUUAACAGUUUGCUCCGUUGGGUCGGCUCGCAAAGACGGAUGUGUGAGCUAAACACAGAUUAUAAGGGUAAUCUCUGAAGCCACAUAGUAUUAUGAAUGUAUAGUAAUGCCCUGGAGAAACGCCUUUUCAGUUUAAAUGUCUGAACAGGAAUGUCUGAAGGAGUGUUGUCGAUCAAACCUGGGAACACUGGGAAACAGUAGCUCCAGUUUUGUCCAGAAUUUAAACGUUUGCUCAAUUCCCCCUUCUUUUUUUUUUUUAUCUUCCGGUGACUCAUCUGUGGUAAACGUUAAUAACUUCUUGUAUAUAUUCUAAAAACAUUGUUUGGGGUGAAACUUUUGUAACGAAGCCUGAAAAAGUGUAAACUAUUGGACACAUUUCCCUUCUAACUAAUUAUUGACUAACUGGGGCGAGACUCAAAUCAGGUUGACCUCUACUAACCCUCUUAGUUUUUACUCGAGUACCAGCUCUCCCUUCCCUCUGAGGUGUCGUGUUUUCACGCUGAUUCGUUCUUCUACUUCUUAUUUUUUUCAUUUCAUUUUAUUUUUUUUUAAUCCGUUUUGCCAACGCUUCUCUCUGCGGUAGUUAUGUUGCGCAGCGCUUGAAUGAAGAGUGCGUCCAAAAACCGCCAGCGGAGCGGACUCACUCUGAGGGACCAAGCCUCCGCACAGGACAGCGCAAAACCUAUGAACGCCGCUGGUUGUCUUGGGUUUUCUUUUCAUUUCUUUUUCUACAAUGUGGCGUAGGGUUAGCGUCAUUUUUGUCAUUGUUUUUCAGGAUGUUAAACGCCACACGUCUUUUUGUCUCCAAGUUGGCGGGGUUUUUAUGUUCGACUUUUUCACAAAACAAGGUUUAAGUUUGUUGAGGUGGACAUUUCUCACAACUGAAGAUGCACCAGUCAGGGCUUCCCUGGCCAAUACCGA